AAUUUCACGUGGAAGACAAAGUGCAGGAUGAAAGGAAUUCCUGGAUGCGGGCCUGGAGUAUGGGAACUGAUAAUGAAAGUCAAAAGUUCAAAGAGCAUCUUGCGCUAUGAUUCUCACCACUGGACCAGCCAAGCUUCAUAUCGAUCAGUAAAGGAGGGAGGUGAAUUCAAACUUCCCGGAUAUUGGCUCAGAAAUUUCACCAAAAUAUGUGUCACCAUGUAUUUUGAAGCAAACUCCUCCACGAACUACACAAGUAUUCUGCUAAACUAUCCUGCUCAAUCACUUCACUCCGCUCUGCACGAGGGGAUUAAGAUGUUGCCAGUGGAAUCAUCCAAGAUCACGAUUCCAUUCGGUAUCGACAGUGGUUGUUUGGUAAAAGGCCUAAACAUGCACGGGCCAGCUUCAUGGCCGAUCAAAUCACGCGUUGGAGUAAGGUCCAAGGAGUCCCCACCAUGCUCCAUGCCGUAUUUGGUGCGCGGUAUUGGUAUUGGCUCUCAGCAAGUACCUGAAAUGAGUUGUGGUGAAAUCAUCAUAAGUAACAAUACAAAGUUAUCACCAAAGUAUUUGUUACAAUCAUUUCCAGCUCUCUGCAGAAUCUAUAUUCAGUAA